AUGCUUAUGCUUAUGCUUCCGUCGCUUAUGUCGCUUGUGAAAACUAGCUUUUAGUAACUUAAGAGGCCUUGUGUUCUCAAGCAAACCAAACACUUAAAGACUUUUGAGCAAUUGUUCAUCAUCAAAGAACUCCUCGAACAUCACAUGUGGUCUAUUGGCUGUAUACGCUUGCAAAAAAGAAUAGGACAUAGCUGAGAAAAUAGAACAGGCCAUGUUUAGGAUGUUAAGAGUUGCGAUAUAUCUGCUACACGUUGCAGUCAUCGUUUUUGCAUCACCUAUUAAUAAUACUAUAGCAGUAACCACAAAGUCUCAAGAUCCUAUCACAACGAUUCCUUCUACAACAAGUCAUGAUCCAUCAACAUACCAUUCGAGUGUUUCUUCCUUGUCCUCUGAACAACCAACCACACGAACUCUUGCUGUGGCUGAAGGGCAAACUUCAAUUCCGUCAACUACCAAUGAGUUCAUGACAACCGAAAGUUCUAGCAAGUCAGAUUUUACAAUUCAAUCCAGUACCUCGAAGACGACUCAACCCGAUUCCUCAGAAGCUACAACGAUUGCUACUACUUCAAAAAUAGCAACUGCCGAUUCGAUAUCUUCUGAACCAGAAACUACUGCUUCUUCAUCUGCAGCCCCUGAGGCACUUUCUCUACCAACCGACGUAGCGACUUCUGAAGCAUCCACUACACCYGAUACUAUCUCUACUAUGGCUCCAACUACCAGCAGGUCAACCACUGCAGCACCUACUACAGAUGAUACCACUACUAUGGCACCUUCCCUACCACCAACUACGAGCUGGUCGACCACUGCAGCACCAACUACAGUUGGUACACCUAUUGUGGCACCAUCCCUACCACAAACUACCAGCAGGUCAACCACUGCAGCACCUACUACAGAUGGUACCACUACUAUACCACCUCCCCUACCACCAACUACCAACAGCUCAACCACUGUAGCACCUAUUACAGAUGGUACAACUACUAUGCCACCUUCCSUACCACCAACUACCAACAGCUCAACCACUGUAGCACCCACUACAGAUGGUACCACUACUAUACCACCUUCCCUACCACCAACUACGAAUAGCUCAACCACUACACCACCCCUUACAGCUGAUAAUAUUACUGUAACAACUUUCCUACCACCAACUACCAACGUUAGCUCAAGUUCUGCAGCACCUAUUACAGCUAGAAAUACCACUAUGACAAAACCAGCAACAAACACCUCAACUACUGCAACACCUACUAUAGCUGAUAAUACUACUACGCCGCAUUCUUUACCAGCAACUACCAAUAGCUCAGCCCCUGCAACAACUACUGUAGCGCCAAAUAAAACCAAUAAUACUACUGUGGCAUCUUCUUUACCACCGUCAACAACCAUCUCUACUGCACCAUCAACUACAAAUGAAACUACAGCUGCUGUUUAUUCUCUUUCCYCGACAACGAAUACUACAGCUACCAAAGUACCAACUAGGGCUGAGAAUACAACUGUUUCAUCUUCUUUACCAACUUCUCCCAACAAUGGAUCUACUGCAGCACCAGCUACAAAUGGAACUUUAAUUCUCUCAUCUUCGACCUUAACCCCGACAACCGUCACUAAAACUAGUGCAGCACCAACUAUCAAURAAACUACGACUGUUUCAUCUUCUCUACCACCGACAACAAAUACGACGASUACUUCAAUACCAACUACAGCAAAAACUACAGUAAAAAAAUCUACUCUUCCACCGACAGCCAACAAAACGAGUACUGCAGCAACAACAACCUCCAAAGCCAGAACCAAAUCAUCGACUCGAUCAUCAACUAACAGAAGGACUACUGCAACAACAACUGCCAGUACCACAAUUUCGAGAUCUUCUCCAACAACAUAUAAAACUUUACAAACGACUUUAGAACCUAGCACUACAACUGAGCUCACUUACCGUACCACAAAAGGCAGAGCAAAAACURCAGCUGAAGUUGGACUACCAAAAACUGAACUGCCAUCCAUUCCUACAACUGGAAUCUCGACAACUGGUAUGAAUGCCACAAGUCAUAUUGUGUUAGCAGCGAAAGCAGCACGCGGCCUUGGCGGAGGAUCCAUCGCGGGUAUCGUCAUCGGGCUGCUAAUACUCAUCCUUUUAAUCGUGGUGGCGGCAAUAUUCAUCAUGAAGCGUUUUUUAGCAAGUGGCCACAAAUCGUACGAAGAAGUGGAAAUGGAUGAUUUUGAACAUAUGAAUUUCGCGUACUAUUAAAAUUCCGUAAGGAACAAAGUAGGCGACUUUACAGAAGUUAGUAUUWGGGAAGUUUUUGGGAUCACAUAUGACAUACGAGGUAUAUACGAAAUAACUUGAACUUCGUGUUAGGUUUUGRACGACUCUCCUUGACCGUUGAUCAGCUUGCGACAAGCUGGAGUUCAGAYGAUGAAACUUAGACCUUGUCUUUAAUUAGCAUAUAAAAUUGAGUAUUUUGUACGUAAAUGUUAUAUUUAUCAAAAAUUAAAAGGCUUCUUCUACGUGUAAUUUAAUAAUUUUUGACGAAUUACACGUAGAAGAAACGUUUAAAUUUUUCAAAAAAAUUAUCAUAUAGUUAGGAUAGUACGUGCGCGCUGAUUGGUCGAAAACUGUGCUUUAUUAGAGAACGGAGCACAGUGUUUUCGUUUUAAUAAUUUCAGUCCAUAACAAAUAAAAUGAGUAACAUAGCUUUUUCCGAGCUCCAUUCAGUAAAAGCACUUGGGAUGUGCCGUAAGCACUCAAGAAAUUUGAGAAGCACUCGCCGUUCUCCUUACACUUCUUUCGUGUUGACGCCACUUCAUGCGUGCUUUAUUACUGAACGGAGCACGGAAAAAGCUGUUUUAUUUGUUAAAUAGUUGCUGCCGAAACAUUAGAGAAUACAUUCAAUGGCUUCACAAAAGGUUGUUGUGAAGUCUGUUGUAUUCGUGGCAAACGCAAGGUACUGGCUUGUUUUGCAUUUAGAAUUGUGAUUGGAUUAAUUGGUUAAGUAAAGAAGCCAUGCACCCAAUCAAUCCCUGCAAGGCUCGCAACAUAGAGAACGUUGAAACAGUACAGUAUGCAGCAGAUCGUUAAGGUUGGCCAAAACGUUUCUGUUCUUUGUUGGACAGUAAAUAUAUCAUCCCCUUGAGAAUAAGAUUCUUUGUUUGAGAUGUAUCGCAUGCAUGUUUCGCAUUAGURUAUUAAUCGGAACAUUUUUCUGUAAAUUUCAAAGAAAAUUUUGUGACUAAUAUUAAAAAUUAUGAGAAUAAGCAGCUUAAAUUAUUGGUAGUAAUUUUCUACAGUAGUUUAAUACAAAGUAACAAAAAAUAGACAAGACUAUUAAAAUAUGAACAUUAAAUGUUGAAUAUAUAUUUUGAUGUUAAGUAUCGAAUAUUAUUCAUUCGUAUUUCUACACAAGUGAAUAUGAUAAAUCCUACGCGCUCAUUGGUCACAUUUUACGUCUUAUACCAUGCUAUAUUCACCUACAGGUGAAUAUAACUCGCGCACGCUCGCUUGUAGAUUUGUKCCGCUUGCAGCUGAGAUAAAUAAUAUUGGGGGUAAAAUAUUUAUCAUAUUCACUUGUGUUWAAAAUACUAUACUUGAUAGAUAUUAAAAUCUUAAAAUCUUAAUAUUAAAAAUGUUAGUAAUAUAUCUUUAGUGACUUCACAUUUUUCUCAA